AUGCCCCCAACAAGACACUCACAGAAGAACACAGUGCAGCAGAUGAUCAAACUCACCAUUUUCUACUUGAGAAGAAGAGAUGAUCUGAAGGCACAACAGAUGAUCUUCAAUGACCCCAUUCACGGUCAGAUUGAGUUGCACCCCCUGCUGGUGAAAAUGAUUGACACUCCUCAGUUUCAGAGACUCAGGCACAUCAAACAGCUGGGAACGAAAUAUCUGGUGUAUCCCGGUGCCACUCACACUCGCUUCGAACACUCCAUUGGGGUGGCACAUUUAGCAGGAUGUCUAGUCAAGAGUCUGCAAGAGAAACAGCCGGAGCUCAACAUUACCAGACAAGAGUCCCUGUGUGUUCAGAUCGCUGCUCUGUGCCAUGACAUGGGUCACGGUCCGUUCUCUCAUUUGUUUGAUAGCAUGUUCAUCCCUGAUGUUCAGCCUGAUGACAAAUGGGAGCACGAGGAGGUAUCUGUUAAGAUGUUUCACUGCAUGAGAAAGAAAAAUGGACUGGACAAAGUGAUGAAGGACUGUGGAUUGAAUCUACACGAAGACAUCACAUUUAUUGAGGAAUUAAUUCUGAAAGGACAAAAGGAUGGCCAGUGGUCAAUGAGAGGCAGAGAUGAAGCCAAAUCCUUCCUGUAUGAGAUUGUGGCAAAUAAAGUGAACGGCAUUGAUGUGGACAAAUGGGACUAUUUGGCUCGAGACUGUCAUUAUCUCGGCAUUCCAUGUGGUUUUGACAAUCAGCGCCUGCUGAAAUCUGCUCUGUGUGAGAUGAAUGGAAGAAAACACAUCUGCUUCAGAGACAAGGUGGCUGAGAAUGUUUACGGCAUGUUUCACACCAGAUGCACUCUUCAUCGUCAAGCCCUUCAGCACAAGAUCGGCUACAUCAUUGACGUCAAGAUCAAGGAUGCACUUGUACUAGCUGAUGGCAAGCUGAUGAUCUCAAAAGCCAAAGACAACAUGCUGGAAUACACCGAACUCACAGGUCAGCCAAUGGAUGAGUAG